GAAGAGAUCAUGAGGGGGAAACCGGGUUAUGAGCACUUGAACGAACCACUCCACAUACUUGUUGAGGCUGAAUUGCCAGUUGAGAUAGUUGAUGCACGUUUAAUGCAAGCACGUGAAAUACUGGAAGAUCUGCUCAAGCCCAUGGAUGAAACUCAGGAUUUCUACAAAAAGCAGCAGCUACGAGAGCUCGCAAUGAUCAAUGGUACACUUCGUGAUGAAGGUUCUCAAAUGUCUGGUUCUGUAUCCCCCUUCCACAACAACAGCCUUGGUAUGAAGAGGGCCAAGACUAGGGGCUGAUGGUUGAUCACUUUAUUAGUGAGCUUUUGGAGCUUGUGUGUUAGUCUCUGCCAUUAAAACAACAUGUCCCAUGCUAUACUUGUUGCUGGGCCUGCCAAUGCCUCCAACUGCCAUCGGGGCACUGGCACCGUGUUACGUGCCAGUUCUAACUUAGUUUCUAUAUAUAUAUAUGAUAUUAUGAAGCAUGUGUAUCGUGUGUCUGGAGGGAGGCUUAGUGACAGUAUACCAAGGUAAGGGACAAUCCGAGUCUAAGGGUGUGCUUGUGUUUGUGUUGUUUUUAGGGCAGUUUGGUUAGAACAUUGUCCCGCCAAUGCUGUCUUUUCGUAUUGUUUUGGAUUUUAUUGUAAGCUUGGGAUGACAGUUUUGGUAUCGGUGGAGAGUCCUGUGAGAACUAAGACAUUAUUAUCAUUUGUGUACAUGAGUGAGGCAAAGUAGUGAUCUACUAACCCAGUAGUACAUGUCUCUGGGUUGGAGUGUUUUGUACUAUUUUCAAGUGUAGUUUGUUAUUUAGAUACUUUGAAAGCAUUAUUGUUAUUAUUUUCCUCAGAA